AUGCCUUCGCCAUCCGCCCACGCCUCGCCCUUUAUCGCCCCGCGGCCCUUCCACCCUCACGUCACCGAGUUUCCCCUGACACAAGACACAGCUAUACCCUUACCGUCGUCGUCCUUCGCGGGAGGCAGCAACAGCAGCACCGGUAGCAGAAAUAUUGAUGCCGAUGGCUACACCACUCCCAAUUCUGUCUCAACUCCAGCCUUGCCGCCAUCUAUAAUAUCUCCCGCCCUAUCCCCUACCUCUACUCUGACCUCCACUCCGGAUGUCACCAGCGCCAGCCCCGGUAGCAGCAAUGCGUACCCUGCCAUUAUAACUCCACGGGCCGACCUAGAGGACCAACACACACUCUCUAAACCUCCCAGACUACUCCAACAUCUUCCAAAGGUUGAAUGCAUUGUGCGUGCCCGCAUACCCACAACCUCCGGCGCGGAGAUGUUUCUACAUCUGUACCAGAACGAUGCCGAUAAUAAAGAACAUCUUGCUAUUGUGUUCGGCAACUCAAUUCGCAGCCGGAGCCUGGAUAGAGUCCGAGAAGGUGAGACGGAGAUGGAUCGCAUGAUCAGGGGUGCAUACGUGGGUAGACUGCGGCCAGGACGCCAGAGCAGUCGGUAUGACGAGGCUAUUCCGGCAAAUGAUACCCAGUCUCCGAAGAACACCUCCGUGCAGGGCCCCUCACAAGCUCCGCUGGUCAGAAUACAUUCAGAAUGCUACACGGGUGAAACAGCAUGGUCUGCUCGGUGUGAUUGUGGCGAGCAGCUAGAUGAAGCUGCUCGCCUCAUGUCCGAACCCGCUACACCUGAAUCCAGUGAAGAUACAGACGUCUCAGGACCCGGUGGUGUGAUCGUCUACCUGCGUCAGGAAGGUCGUGGGAUUGGCCUCGGUGAGAAGCUCAAGGCAUACAAUCUGCAAGACCUCGGUUCAGAUACCGUCGAAGCCAACCUACUCCUUCGCCACCCCGCAGAUGCGCGCAGCUAUGGCCUAGCAACCGCAAUCCUAGUUGAUUUGGGAUUAGGACAGGACUCGUCCAAUGGCGGCAUACGACUAUUGACGAAUAACCCUGAUAAAGUGGCUGCUAUUGAGGGGCCGAAUAGGGAGGUUGUCGUUCGAGAGAGGGUGCCAAUGGUACCGCUUGCGUGGAAAACAGGCGGUGCCAGGGGUAUCAAAAGUGUUGAGAUCGAGGGAUAUCUUCGAACCAAGGUCCGUCAAAAUUUCUCGACUAAUUCCAGCCUCCUGUAUCUCAAUGCGCUACUAACAUAA